UAUGUUAUAGGCAUACCAUUAGAAUGUGAAAUGCAUUUCUGUGAAUACACAACAAGGGUAGUAGUGUAUAUAACACAUUUCAAUUAUAAGAAAGGUAUUUAUUACUAAUAUGCUAUCAUUAUCUCACUUACAAGAUGGAUUGCAACUGGAUUAACAGGCACACCAUUAAAAGAAGAUGUAUCAUAAAUAGUAGUUCUAAUUUAUAAAUGCACAAAUGAUUAUUUCUAUUCUUUAUGAAUAAUAAGCAUAAAGCUGCUCAUUUUUAUCAAGAACAACAAAAAUUGCUGAAAUGAGAAGAAGUAAGGAUGUAUGCACAAAUUUCCUAAUUGAUAGGAACUUGUAGCUAUUUCAAACUCAAUUGAUUUCAAAAAUUGGACUUAGUUGAUAUUGAAGGAGUGUGCUUUCAAUAGGCUGAUCAAAUUUUCUAUGAGUAUCUAAUCAAUCACUAUUUGAGGUGUUUUCUUACAAAUAGAGAGUACUAUUCAUAUUUAAUAGUAUGGGCAACAGUAGAAGAACUUUUUAAGAGGAAGAUAAGAGGAGAAUUAAAAGAAGGAGAAUUCUCACAAAAAGACCAAGCCAAGAUUAUUAAAUGAGAAUGAAAAUUAAUAAAGUGGAUAAUAGGAAUUGUGGAUUUAUGAAAUAAUAAGGUCAUUAGAGAUUAAGGUAGCAAAGGAAUAAUAAAUGUAGAAUUCGAAAUAUAAUAUGAAUCUCAAAGGCUAGAAGGAUUUUAACACAACAGGAGGACUAUUAAUAAGAAAAAGGUUUAAAAAUUAAGAAAUUUUAAAUAUCAGAAAAUGUAUUGAUAAGACAGGUUAAUAAUAAAAAUUUAGCAUUAAAAGUGAUAAUUUUAUAGAGUAGAAUUCAAAAAUAUCAAAGGGUAUUGACGAAAAAAAAUAUAUUUAAUGAUUCUACAUAGUACAAAAUUCGAAUCAUUAAUUUAAAAUAUUUUUGUUUGAAUUUUUAACUAAUAUAAACAUAAAGACC